AUGGGCCGCCGUUACCUAGGAGGCUCAGGUCAACGCCUCACCGUCUGGAUUUCCAUCGCCAGCUCAACCGUACUGAUCUUUUAUGGCUACGAUCAGGGUGUCUUUGGCAAUGUCCUUGUCAGCGAGGACUUUCUUCGCACAGUCGGCUACCCAUCUGUCACGGCACAGGGUACGAUGACUUCUGUCUACAAUCUCGGCUGUUUCGCUGGUGCUCUAAGCACACUCUACACUGGCGACAAGCUUGGUCGUCCGCGGACCUUGAUUCUAGGGAGCUGUACGAUCGCUGUUGGCGCUAUUGUUCAGGCAGCUUGCAUGAACGCUGCUAUGCAGUAUGCUGGCCGCGUUAUAGCUGGUAUGGGAACUGGAAUGAACACGGCCACUGCAGGCGUCUGGCAGUCCGAGACCUCCAAGAUGCGCAGUCGUGGCAAGCUGAUCAUCAUACAAAUGGCAAAUUGUAUUACUGGCUUCGCCAUAAGCAACUGGCUCACCUUAGGCUUCAGCUUCGCGCCCGGAUCCGUGUCCUGGCGCUUUCCUUUGGCCUUCCAGAUGUUCUUCACAAUCCUCAUCUGCCUAAUGUGUCCAUUCCUACCGGAUUCACCGCGCCUCUUGAUACGCAAAGGCAAGUACGACGAGGCGUACGAGGUCCUUGCGGCACUUGAAGGCAACGGCGCCACGGUAAACUCGCCUGUUGUGCGAACACAGUUUGCCAUCAUCAAGCAAGUCCUCGAUGAGGAGUAUGCGGUGAAGUACACAUGGUGGCAGAUCCUCACAGGGAAGGGUCCUUCCGGCGUACUACGCAGAAUGGUACUUGGUGCGUGGAUGCAGGCUAGCAACCAGAUCAGCGGUAUCAAUGUGACGUCCUACUACAUGACCUACGUCUUCAUCAACGCAAUCAACUUCAGCCAACUCACCGCUCGCAUACUCGCUGCCGCCGGAGCAAUGGACUACCUCUUCUUCUCUUUCAUGGCGUACUUCGUCAUCGAGCGUUUUGGAAGGCGAUCAGUCAUGAUGACCUCCGCUGCAGCCUGCUCAAUCUGCUGGACCGUAAUCGCGAUCUCCCUGGGUCUCUCUGAAACCGGUCGUGCGGACUCUUACACGAUGGGCGCAGUCGCCGUAUCCUUCUUCUUCCUUUUCUUCGCCUCGUUCGCGAUGGGCGUUCUGGGAGUUCCCUGGCUGUACCCCACCGAAGUCAACGCCCUCGCAUUCCGCGCCAAAGGCGCCAGUCUCGCCAUGUCUACCAACUGGAUCAUGAACUACAUGGUAGCGCAGAUCACGCCACCAGGCAUCGACAACUUGGGAUAUAAGUUCUGGAUCAUUUGGGCCGUCAUCUGUGCGGCGUUUGUGCCGAUCACGUACCUAUUCUAUCCAGAGACAGCGAAUCGGUCACUGGAGGAUAUCGACCGGUUCUUUCAUAGUAAUCAUGGCAUUCUGGUGUUCAACAAUAAGGUGGCGACGCAAUUGAAGCGGCCAGAGAUCUAUGAGGAGGCGGAUCGGAGGGUUGCGGCUGCACAUGAGAAGGUUGGGGCAGGAGCAGACCAGGCGGACGAGGGCAAAGAGGCAGGAGCGACGUUGGUCGAGGAGAAUGGCGCUGCUCGGGCUUAA